GCCCUGCUUCCUCAAAGGCUUCCCCCACCCUUACGCGGAGGAGACUUGCUUCCGGCGCUGGGUGGGCGCCGGUUGGAUUCCUGCUGGGCUCCGGGGUGGUGUCCAGGUAGCGUCGCAGUCCCGGACGCCGGCGCCGGAAGCUGGUACCGUGGCCGCGCCGGAAGAGCCCCGGUCCGGGCGCGAGGCCCGUGCGGGGCCAUGAACGGGACCGCGAACCCGCUGCUGGACCGCGAGGAACACUGCCUGCGACUCGGGGAGAGCUUCGAAAAGCGACCGCGAGCUUCUUUCCACACCAUUCGCUAUGAUUUUAAGCCAGCAUCUAUAGAUACUUCCUGUGAAGGAGAGCUUCAGGUUGGCAAAGGAGAUGAAGUCACAAUUACGCUGCCACAUAUCCCUGGGUCCACACCACCAAUGACUGUGUUCAAAGGGAACAAGCGGCCUUACCAGAAAGACUGUGUGCUUAUUAUUAACCAUGACACUGGUGAAUAUGUGCUGGAAAAGCUCAGUAGCAGCAUUCAGGUCAAGAAAACAAGGGCUGAGGGGAGCAGUAAGAUCCAAGCCCGGAUGGAGCAGCAGCCCAGUCGUGCCCCACAGCCGUUACAGCCACCCCCGCCCCCACCACCUAUGCCAUUCAGAGCUCCAACGAAGCCUCCAGUUGGACCCAAAACAUCCCCCUUGAAAGAUAACCCUUCACCUGAACCUCAGCUGGAUGACAUCAAAAGAGAGCUGAGGGCUGAAGUCGACAUCAUUGAACAGAUGAGCAGCAGCAGUGGGAGCAGCUCCUCCGACUCGGAGAGCUCCUCAGGCAGCGAGGACGACAGCUCCAGCAGCGGCGGUGAGGACAACGGCCCUGCGUCUCCUCCACAACCGUCACACCAGCAGCCCUACGGCAGCAGGCCAGCCAUGGCCAAUGGAACCAGCCGGCCGCAGGGAAGCAACCAGCUCAUGAACACCCUCAGAAAUGACUUGCAGUUGAGUGAAUCUGGGAGCGACAGCGAUGACUAGAGCUGGGUCUUUCGAAAUCAGCUCUUUGGUGCACAGGCCUGCUGCGAGACCAGGCUGCUUUGCGUGGAAUCCGUUGCCAAGAGGAAAAUGUCGUGGAUCAGUGACUGUAGUAGGAAUUUGAGGCUCUGCGACUCUCAGAUAUUCAAGUCUUUAAUUUAGUGGUGAUGGGUGAUUUUUUUCAUGUAAUUUUUGAACAAUCUCAUGUUUCAAAGUUUAAGUAGAUCUAUAGAAGAACUAACAGAAUUAUCUUUCUGUUUGGUUAACACUGUUAAUGAGAAAACAGACAGAUGUGCCCUGGUCUGGGUACUCAAAGGCCGUAUCUUCACCAGGCCAGUGAUUCCAUUGUACACCCCAGGCUGACCAAGUGGUCUGCACCAGUGAAAUGAGAGACAGUCUUUGAGGGGCAGGAGAGGGGGGAAGCCUCAAACUGUAGCAUAGAAGUAAGUUAAAACCACUUUAAAUUGUGGAAACGAAGUGGUAAGGAAGUUCUGUCUGACCCAGCCUGACAAGCCUGUAUAGAAACAGACUUCAAGGGGGGUCCUCAGGUGUCAGCUGGCAGGACCCUGGAGCCCUGGGAGUUCAACCCGUCGUUGACAGACAAGGAAAGGGAAGCACACAGCUGGUUUAGCCUCCUGUGCCCAGUCCAGGCUUUUCCCACUGCUCCCUUUCUCAAAUCUCACUGGAACCAGAGGUUCUUACGCAUGAGACCGACAGAUGUCCAUAGGAACUUUUAUUGACAGAUGAGCAUAGGAACUUAUCUUAAAGAUAAGCGUGUCGAGUCCUUGUAGCUCAGAAUCAGAUCCAGACAGUCCUGGAAUACACGAGGCCGGUGUAGCAGGACAAACCACUGCUGACACACAGCUCCCUGAACCUGGGGCUGUCAGUUCCACGUGGAUCCACGCUAAGUGUCCCUCCUUCAGGGGUGUUAGGAGGGGAGGCAGGAGGGGAAGAGACGUGCAGUGAAGAGACCUUUCUAAACAAAUGAACCAGCAGCAGGUUUUCAAAAACCAGAAUAUAAAUAGGAGUUCUGCAAUAGGAAAUGAGCACAUUCUUUUGAUAAGAUCUUUAUGUCGAUGCUUUUGUACCACUGUUUGUGCCUGACUCCCAGACUGAUUUGUGGUUUUAUAUAAAGUUAGAAGAAAGUCACAAGAUUGCCUUCUGCAGUGUGCAGUUUCCAAAUGAAUCUGUUGUUCCAGGAAACUGGUCACCAGUAAAUGUUUCAUAUUGAGUAACUGCCCCAUAAUUAGUUUGUGGGUAAGUUAGAAUGUCCCAUAAUUAGUUUGUGAUCAGUUGUCCCAUCUCUCUAAUUUGAGUAUGUCCUGAGAAAUUUCCAUCUACUUUAGUUAGUGGAUAUCAGGAACAUUAAGUAUGAUUUUCCUUCCAGGGGUCCCUAUACUCAUAUUGCCUCACCUUCCUCAGCUAGCGAAGGGACGCAGUCUGGACCUGGAAGGGAAGUAGAUGAUCCAAGGUGGCGCUUUGGUUAGAGUUGAGUCUUACAGAGUCACCUGUGUUAACUGCAUAGCGACCCCAGGAGCUGGAGAUGGGGACCAGCAGCCAUUGUCCAGCAGCACGCGUGCACCACUCUGCCACGUGUGGGUAGUGGGUACGCACUCGAACCCUGUGCUGGGCGCUCAGCCCAGCACGAGGUGUCAGUGGGUUUAGUGGCACGUGGGAACUUACUGAUAAUUGAUCAUUGCUUUAUAAUUCCUUAGUAAUAACAGCUCAGGGAGGGUGAAGGUCAUGACUGGGAGACAUGCAUUGUUACUGGAUGUAGGAAUGUUUCACUGCUCUUAACUUGCUCAAGUACAAGCAGGUUUCAGGAACUUGAACUAAAACUCUAUUUAAGCCUCUUUGUUUUUCUCCCAAAGUCUUCACAUACACAGAGAACUGUGGUUUGGGCAUGUCAGGUAACGGGGUUUGUUUCUAUAGGAAAUGCUUGUGUGUAGCCCUGGGUUUGGCGACUAAAGCUGUCUCAACCUCAGACUCUCCUGCCACCUGUCCUCCCCACCCUCCACGGUGUCCUCUGGCGCGGCUCCAGUUUGGCUCUUUACACAAAGAUUCAGUGGUUCUCUCCCCUGCAUGCCCCAGCUUUACCCACCGGAGUGAGGAAUCUUUUCAGAAAUAGAGAAUUUGGCCUUACAGACUACUGCUCACAAGUACACUCACGCCAGCCAAACAGGCCUUGCUCUUCCUGCCUCUGUGCCUUCUCAGUCUCUCCUCCUCUGCCCGCCAGACCUCACCCCCGAGGCGCCGUCUCCUGCAGGGCCCACUGUCAGGCUCGUCCUCAGUUCUCUUCGGCCGGCUGCAGUGUGCUGUGUACCAGCUACUCCUUGCUUGGGCUCUGAUUGUAUGAACUCCUUAAAGCUGAGACUUAUCCUCGCCUCUCCCCCCUGGGAUGUCCACAGGCAUAGACAGGCGGACGCUUGUAGCUGGUGGGGGGGAAGCAGAGAGAACCAGCCCGUGGAGUAGAGGGGGUAGACAUAGAGAAAACAUUCCAGGCAUUUGGAGAUAGCUGAAAACUAUUGAUGUUGACUUUAGUUACUUUGAAGUUUCCUGACUCAGUUGUUAAAAUGACCUUUUCUUUGUUCUGUGUGUCUACCACACUGGGGUCAGUAGGCAAGGUGUGAAGACUUCAGCCUCAGCUACCUGAGGAGCCAUGGCAAGCCACAGUAAAGACAUGAUUUGGGAAAACUCAACAUGAACAAACCAGAGAUGUAUAAUGAUGCCACUCAUUAACUAUUUUAUUUCUGUAGCAGGAUCAUUUUUUCUACAUGUGGUAUUACUAUGUAUGUGCUUCAGUAGGGGGGAAACUUGAAAAUUCCGAAAUCCUUACUUCCCUCUUUGAGAGGCUGGUUAAGUAGGAAAUGUGUGGGUGUGCGUAUGUGUGAUGUAUUUAUUACGUUAAUUUGAAAGAGUAAUACUAUGAUAUGUGGAUAUGUAAUAGGUACAGCCAAAUGGAUGUUUCCAUUUGGCAAGGAAGGUAGGAUUUCUGAAACUCAGGCCUUAACUAGUACAUUGGAAGAAAGACCAAUCGGAGAUUUAUGAAAUGUGUGUUUUUGUUGUUCCUGUUAUUUCUGUCUUGGGUUCAUUGUCUCAUUCUUCAAUGAUUUUUAAAUGAUUUUAAAAGUUUAUUUUGCUUAAUUAUGAAGUAGAUGUGCAUGUUUACAUUUAUGUAAGAUAUUUGCUGUGUAAAGUUUUUUUUGGUUUACCCUCUUAAAAGAGCACUAUAUUUAAGUAAAAAUGAAGGUCAGCAAUACA